ACAGGGAAUGCGCACGCGCAACAGCUGCCGCCAAAUUGUCUUUCGGUUUUGCUUCCUAAGAAGUUGUAUGGCGUAAAAAAAAAAAUCUUUCCUCGUGCGCGCCCCCAGAUCCUCUUCGCUGGUGGGGGCGCGCUCUCGAGAAGGCUGUCCAUUCGGAGUGUUUGAACAGUAGUCAUGGCUAAAAGAAAAGAGGGGAGUUUCUCAUCAGCGGGAUCCAACAAAAGACGUAGAAAAGAAUUGAGAGAAGAUUCUGAUGAUGACCCCAAUGAAGAAGACUUUUCACAGCAGACAAAUGACAGCGGGUUUCAUUCACAGUUGGCAUCAGGAGAAGUUGGAAUAAUUGAAAGUAUCCAGCUGAAGAAUUUCAUGUGCCAUUCAAUGCUGGGCCCAUUCAAGUUUGGUUCCAAUGUCAAUUUUAUUGUUGGAAACAAUGGGAGUGGGAAGAGUGCGGUGUUAACUGCCCUUAUUGUUGGGCUUGGUGGGAAAGCUAUAAUGACAAACCGAGGAUCAUCUUUAAAAGUGUUUGUAAAAGAUGGGCAAAAUUCUGCAGAUGUUUCAAUAACUCUGCGAAACAGAGGUGAAGAUGCAUUUAAACCAGAAUUGUAUGGUGACAGUAUCAUCAUAAAUCAACACAUAAGCUUGGAAGGACAUCGUAGUUACAAACUGAAAAGCUGCACAGGUGUAUUAAUUUCUUCUAAGAAGGAAGAACUUAUAGCAAUUCUGGAUCACUUUAACAUCCAGGUGGAUAAUCCUGUGUCUGUACUCACCCAAGAGAUGAGCAAACAAUUCUUGCAAUCUAAAAAUGAAGGAGACAAGUACAAGUUUUUUAUGAAAGCUACUCAGUUGGAGCAGAUGAAGGAAGAUUAUUCGUACAUCAUGGAAACCAAAGCAAGAACAGAAGAUCAGGUGGAACAAGGAGGAGAGUUUCUUGAAGAGCUUAGGAAACAGUAUUUGGAGAAAGAAGAUCGUUGUAAAAGUCUUGCUCUUGUGAGUGAAAUGCAAAAUAAACUGAAGGAGCUGCAGCAUCAAAUAGCUUGGGCAAUGGUGAGAGAAAGAGAAAGCGAAAUAAAACCAAUCAGCGACAAUAUUAGUAUUCAGGAAGCAAGCACUGAAAAAUUUGUUCAGAAAGUGAAAGAAUGUCAGGUUAAAGUAAAUGAAGCAGAAGAGAAGCAUAAAGAAAUUCAAGAAAAACUUGAAAAGAUCAUGGAAGAAGCUCAGAUGUUACAGCCUGAAUGUGUUGCUUUGAAAACAGAAGUGCAGAAAAAGAGAAAAGCAUACAAUGAUGCUGAGGCUGUGUAUAAUCAAUCUAAAACUAAUCUGAAACGCUUGGUGAAAGAUGAAGAACAACUCUGCAAAAAAAUUGAAGAACUAAAAAGGAGUGCUUACCAGAUGUCGGCACCUGAAGAGUUGGAAAGACAAAGGAAAACUGAGCAGUUGAAAGUGCAGCUGAAGACAUUUCAGGAUAGAGUUGAAUUAAUUCGUCAAGAGAUACAGCAGUAUCAGCAUGCUGUGUAUAAAUAUCGAGAUGGAUGUGUUCAACUUCAGAAAGAAGAACGUGAACUGAAGGCAAUAUUGGAUUCUCAGCAACAACAGCUAAGAGAGUUGAAGGAGAGUAAAACCAACAGGCUGAAAAGAUUUGGGCAAUAUAUGCCUGCCCUUUGUGAAGCGAUUGAAAGGGCUAGUCAGCAGAGACAGUUUAAAUACAAACCGAUUGGACCUCUAGGUUCCUUUAUUCACCUGAAAGAUGCUGAACUUGCUCUGGCUGUUGAGACAUGUUUAAAAGGCUUGGUUUGGGCAUUUUGCUGCGACAAUCAUAGCGAUGAAAGAAUAUUACAGACAUUAAUGUCAAAGUUCUGUCCACGUGGCAUUCGACCUCAAAUCAUUGUUAGUACUUUUCGGAAUAAUAUUUAUGAUGUAAAGCAAAAGGCAGUUGAUCAUCCAGUCUACCCCUCAGUGUUGACAGCACUAGAGUUUGAUAAUCCUGUGGUUGCAAACUGUUUGAUUGACAUGCGGGGUAUAGAAACAAUCUUGCUAAUCAAAAAUAAUGAGGAAGCUCGUGAAGUAAUGGUGAUGCAAAAGCCUCCAAAAAAUUGCAGAGAAGCAUUCACUGCUGAUGGGGAUCAGGUGUUUCACAAUCGAUAUUAUUCUUCUGACAAUACCAGGCCCAGGUUCCUCAGUCGAGAUGUCGAAGCAGAUAUAAGACACUUGGAGAAAGACAUUGAAAACAAAAAAGCUCAGCUUUCCUUUUUUCAACAACGAAUAUCUUCUACUAACAACGAUAUAAGACAGAAUCAAGACCUUCUUAAUAAACAUCGGCAGCAUCAAAACGAAAUACAGGGAGAUAUGAGAAAAAUAAAUCUAGAAAUUUCAGAUCUUGAAAAACUAGAAGAACAGCAGUCAGCCCUCAUCUCCACAUUAGAAGAUGAAGCUGAAGAGAUCAAGAAGAAGAUUGAAACUGUUGACGAGGAUAUACUUCAACGGAAGAAGAAAAUAGAGGAUGGGAAACAUAGUCUACAAGAGGCAGAACAAAAAUUAGCAGCAAUAAAAGACAAAAUUGAACAAGUAGAAGAAGAAACAGGCCCAGUUAAGGAUGGACUAAAUAAAGCAGAUGAAGCACUGGAAAAAAGUAAACAUGCUAUGCAACACUAUGAGGGAAAAAAGAACGAGCAUUUGGAAUCCAUAAAAAAGCUUAAAAAUAAUCUAGCUGCAAAAGAGAGAGAAUUGAUGGAAAUGAUUGCAACGGCUUCCAAAAUCCACCCAGAGAGAAUAGAAGUAAAUAGAACUGUUAACAGUCUAGAUAAGGAAAUGAAUCGCUUGAGAGAGAAGAUAAAUUCAGAAAGGGAGCGUACUGGGGAUAGAGAAGAAAUAAUAAGACAAUUUAAAGAAACUAAAGAAAAAUAUCAGAAUGCAGAGAGUAAAGUCAAGAGCUUGAAGAAAUUCGUUAAGCUAUUGGAAGAAGUGAUGAUUCAGAGAUACAACACAUUUUUACAUUUUAGAAGGUUCCUAACUAUGCGAUGCAAAUACUACUUUAAUUCUUUGUUAAGUCAGCGGUCAUAUGCUGGAAAAAUUGAGUUUGACCACAAAAAUGAAAAACUUUCAAUCACAGUCCAGCCUGGAGAAGGAAACAAGGCUGCUUUAGAUGACAUGAAGUCUUUAUCCGGGGGUGAACGUUCCUUCUCUACCGUGUGCUUCAUCCUUUCCCUGUGGUCAAUUGCUGAAUCUCCUUUCAGAUGCUUAGAUGAAUUUGAUGUCUUUAUGGAUAUGGUUAAUCGAAGAAUUGCAAUGGACAUGAUGCUUAAGAUGGCAGAUUCUCAACAUUACCGUCAAUUUAUUUUGCUCACCCCACAUAACAUGAGUUCCUUGCCUACAAGUCGGUUUAUUCGAAUCCUCCGAAUGCAAGACCCUGAGAGAGGACAAAGCACACUGAAUUUCCUCUGUAGAGGUGAAGAAGAUGAAGAAGAAUGAGUACCUUAAUUAUGUACUGCACAUCAUUGUUGACUUAACACAUCUUAUCUUUUGCACUUUGCAUUGUUGACUUAACGUGAAUUAUCGUUUGCAGCUAUUUUGUUCAGUGCCAUUAAGUUGACAAUAAAGUUUUUUGCACCUGUAAUAGCAAAUGUAUAAGCAAAUUCUUGUCCAUGAUUUUCCAGUAUUAAAUAAAAGGUCAAUCUUUUCUGUGAUGCAAGCAGUAUCACAUACUGAUCUUAUGUUUAGAACAAUAGGCUUUUCUGGACUCAUAGACAUUAUACUAAUUUUUAAUAUCUUCAAGAAUUUCUAAAAGCAAUAUUACUAGAUAGUUGGCAAGCUGGAUAGUACUUAAUACAUCUGUCACUUCUGAAUACCAUAUGAAGCGACCAGCCAAAAGGUCUAGAGAUGGUGCUUUCCUGUGGAAACCAACCUAACGUGAAAUGAGAGAACUGAACUAAUGUGGACAUCUCUUUCAGAACCGAAUUGACUGGCUGUAGGAAUUAGAUUUAAUGGACCUGGGGUUUUUUUUUGUGUAAAUAGUUGUAAAUUAUUGCUCUUCUAGUUUGUAGUUUUAUUAAGUUUGGUUUCUAUUAAUAGACACCUUGAGGACAUUUUAAGGCAUUUUAAGACAACAUACAAAAAUUCUAAAUAAAGUACUUUACCAGCACACCUUUUCCAACAUAUAUGUCCAGGUAUCAUUUUCAGCAUCUGUGCUAAGACCAUACAAGUUGAAAAGAUCAUUCCAGCCUUCUUAAUACGUUGCUAUAUGUGUACUUUUCAGUGAUGUUAAGCCAAAGCUUAAUAUAACUUCUGGCAAUACGUUCUUUCUGAUGCCUCUUAGUCAAAAAAGUGUUCCUUAAAAAUUAAUUGCAUAGGUUCUUCUAUUUCAGUCCAAUGAACCCUUGUAAUAAAAUCAAAUUGGAGCAUAGAAAUCUAAUGCAGGUCAAUAUUAGAUAAUCUUAGUGCAUCAUCUUUCUAAUGUCCAAUCUGUGUAUUUUCCCUUUGUCAAUCUGGAAUGCUUUCUAAUCAGAUAUUAAACUCAUCUGUUCCCAUUAAUUGGAUUGGAUCCAUUGUUAAAUUUCCAGUAAAAGACUUUUGCUCAAUCCCUCCUUCCACUGCAGAUUCACCUCUCGUGUUGCCCCUGGAGGUUCCAUGUCUUUCACGCCCAGCAUUUUGGAAAGCCCUUUGGACUGCAGCAGAAUGUGGCAAGAAAGACCGUUCUUGCUGAUGGAAAUCCACUGGAGCCAACCCAUUAUUUCUAGCUAAAAUAGUGAUUGACAAACAUUACAUUAGGUAGAAAAUGCUUUGUGAUCAUUUGUGGAUGUCUACAAGGAAGCCAUUGGAAGUUUUCUCCCCUCUCGACCAAUAGGGUGAGACUGCUGAGUUCUGGCAUAUGUACAUUCUUGUCCAUUUGGAUGUAUACGAGACUGCUCAUUUAGCCCUUACACUGAGAGUUACAGCCAGAGAGUCAGUUUACCUCCUCACUCUGCUGUUUGGGAGAGCUUGGAUGGGGUGUGCUCCUCAUCAGACCAGUAGUCCAUGUAGUCCAUCAUUACGUUUCACACAGCAGCACACCGGUUGCCGUGGAGAGCCUACAAGCAAGGCAUAGAUGCCAAGAUGUUGCCUCCUGGCACUGAGUUUCAAAGACUUACUGCUGAAUAUGGAAAGUUCCCUUUAGUUGUCAUAGCUAGUAGCCACUGUUGGAUCUAUCCUCCAUAAAUCUGUUUAGCCCCCUUUUAAAACCAUUUAUGCUCAUGGCCAUCAGUAAUUUCUUCUUCCAGGGCUGGGGUGUUUUUUUUGUUUCUUUAAUUGAUGUUCAGCUAUUUUCAGUGUUUCUGGGUGACAAGCAUUAUCAGUCCUCAGACAACUUUGCUUCUUUAUAAAUUAAAAAGUACAUAUUUUUCUGCGCACAUGGAACAAUGUUUUUGCAUAUGUAGAGUCCCCUCCAUGAUUAAAUGGUGAUUCCCCCAAAGAAUUAAGGAACACAGGAAGGUAAAGGGGUAAAGAAAGUAAUUUAUUCUGUUUUCCUCCCCUUUCCAAUUCAUGCUCUACAUUUCUUCCUGAUAGCUCACCUUUUUCUUUCUUGCCUCUGUCACAGGGACAUAAUGCAAAAGUGCUGAGCAGGAAGCCAGACUAGGGUGAUCCGUCACUUUCCCCCAACCCAAACAGGAUGUAAAGAGGAGCUGGGAAGAUUUUAUAGUUCUGUAGUGAUUUUUAGAGUGCAGAAAACUGAAUCCCUAGACAUUAUGGCCCAGGAUAUUCAGUUCCACUUCAAUCCAUAGAAACAAUCAUGAAGGCUUGCCUAGCAGCUCCCAGGAGCUGUCGGGCAGUAGGGGUGUAGACAGGUUUCUGUUGCUCCCCUGCAUCUCCAGAGGCAGUCUGUAGUGGUACCUGUAGAAAACUGUUGUACACUCAGAGUCAGUUUUGGUGAGCCGCAGUUAUUCCAUCAUGGGCCCAGGUUGCUUUGCAGGCCAGGCCUGAUCAUUCUUUACUGUUUUGCAGGGCUCAUUUUGAGGGGGAACGCACAGGAAUGCAGUUCCAGUAGUUCUCCAAAGAGGUCACGUAUCAGGUGGCCACGCCCACCUGAUUUUCGGCCAUUUGGGGCCCAUUGCGGCCUGGAUUGGGGCCGAAACAGCCAGGAUAGGUGAUGGCAGGGGGUGUGGCAUGUGCAAACCAGUUAUGCUAAUGACACACUUAUGUUGAUGUCAAGGGGUGUGGCAUAUGCUAAUGAGUUCCUGCAGCUCUUUUUCUAUGAAAUGGCCCCUGCUGUUUUGGCAACAUAGGAUGUUUUUCUCUUAAAAACAUGUUUUUCACCUUAAUAUCCAUGUUAUCUAAUAAUGGUGUCCUGCUAUUACAUUUGGGAGUGGGAUGUUUACAAGUUAAACUAUGCAUUUGAUACCGGUUGUUUAAGGGAGGAUCGUAGCACUCUUCAUUUUGGAUGCUUGCUACCUACUGUUUAUCAGUUGGCCUUGAAUGUAUCACUCCUCUCACAGGCCAGUUAGGGGAAAACGUGCACAGGUGUAGCCAUGCCACUUAAAACCUAUAUUAAGUAUUAGAGACUCCUCCCCCCUCCCCCACUGGUGAACCUCAGCUCAGGCUGAACCAUGGAGCAGAACUGUGCUGCAGGCCAGAGCCAGGGGUCCACCCAUUGUCAUUUCCCAGGGUUCCCAACAGCAGUAUAGGGGUGUAAGCAUAUUCUGUUUUGUACUUGCUAAUUUUUUCCUGUGAAUUAUCAGAGGGAU